GUAGCAGUUAUUGUCUUGGGAAACAAAACUGACCUCCUGGAACAAAGGCAAGUGGAAACAGAAGCAGCACAGCAAUGGGCGAGGGCUGAGAAAGUGAGACUGUGGGAAGUGACGGUGACAGAUCGGAAAACACUGCUUGAGCCCUUCACCUUCUUAGCUAGCAAACUCUCCCAGUCCCAGAACAAAUCAACAUUUCCCUUGCCUGGAAGGAAGAGCAAAGGGAAUAACUGUGAUAACUGAGCUACCUUAACGUUGUCUGCUGCUGCCAGGUCACCGCCUAAGUCCUUUCUCUGCCAUUUGCUUCUCACUGUUUCACUUAAAGCAAUAAUCUCAUUCAGCAAUAAAAUCAGCAAGCUU